CACAACAUCCAGAGAUGCCCUCCUAACAUAAACUGCCCUGUCUCUAACCUAGCGGCCCAGUCUCCUCAGUGGUAUGCUUGGGGGCCUCCCAACAUGCAGUGCAGACUAUGUGCCUCCUGCUGGAUCUACUGGAAGAAGUAUGGGGGCCUGAAGACCCCCACACAGCUAGAGGGCGCUGCCAGGAGUGGCUCUGAGUCAGGGCCCCGUGGUCACAUGACACGCCAGGAGGUGCAGGGCAUGUCACCGUUCACCCGCAAUGAGGGUCGCGCAAAGCUGCUGGCUAAAAACCGCCAGACGUUCAUCCUGCAGACCACCAAGCUGACCCGUAUCGCUCGGCGGGUGUGUGAGGACAUCCUGCAGCCUCGCCGCGCUGCACGGCGACCCUACGCCUCCAUCAACUCCAAUGCGGUCAAGGCUGAGUGUAUGAUCAGGCUUCCCAAAGCCACAAAAACACCUCUAAAGACCAAAGUGGUGCCUCGACCGUCACUGGCCACUAUAGUGAAGGAUUUAGCCAUCUCAGCUCCUCUGAAACUGAAGGCAUCCAGAGGACCCCCGACACCCAUCAACAGGAACCAGGCCAGCCAGCCUAGAGUGGGCCAAAGCCUGCUGGGAAAGAGGGGCUUCGACAGCGCUACAGGAGUACCCUACCCAGCCAAUGGGAGGCCGUAUACUUCAGGUAUGAGGACCACCUCCCAGUCGGUCAUCAAGCGGCAGAAGGUCAGCCAGGGCGAAGCUCCCAACCCUGUGGUGUUUGUGGCUACAAAGGACACUAGGGCUCUGAGGAAACAUCUGACCCAGUCAGAGAUGCGUCGGGCAGCGAGAAAACCUCAUCUGCUGGUCCGGAUCAAGCUGCCACCACCCCCUCGCUCCCUGGCCAUGCCCCUGCUCCCCUCCAGCACCAGCGAACCCAUCGUCCUGGAGGACUGAGGGGGAUGAUGGAAGGGGCGGGGGUCUUUUAACAGGACACAGGGGUCGGGAGGGUGUUGGGGAGGGUCUGUGCUCAGGCUGUCAAAUACAGGCAGCACAGUACGCCAUACCAGUAGAUUUUUUAUUUUCCCUCUUUUCAGUGUCAUUUUUCUGUAGUCCUCUGUUACUUCCCAAAAGUUGAUGUGACACACACACACACACACACACACACACACACACACACACACACACACACACACACACACACACA